AUGCCCGUCGCCGUACAAGCUUCAGGACACCCCGGAGGCAUACGGGCCUACUAUCAGGCGAAGAUAGAGUCUGCGGAGCUGGACAUCAACCAGAAGACACAGAACCUACGACGGUUAGAGGCGCAACGGAACGCGCUCAACGCUCGAGUUCGGCUUCUGCGCGAGGAGCUUCAGCUCCUGCAUGAGCCAGGUAGUUAUGUGGGCGAGGUGGUCAAGGUUAUGGGAAAGAACAAAGUCCUCGUAAAAGUGCAGCCCGAGGGCAAAUACAUUGUUGACUUUGAUUCUGAGAUCGACGUCGCCUCACUGAAGGCGACUCUGCGCGUUGCUCUUCGCUCGGAUUCCUAUACCAUUCACAAGAUUCUCCCUAACAAGGUCGACCCUCUCGUAUCUCUCAUGAUGGUGGAGAAGGUUCCCGACAGCACAUACGAGAUGGUUGGCGGUCUCGACAAACAAAUCAAGGAAAUUAAAGAAGUCAUCGAGCUGCCUGUAAAGCACCCAGAGCUCUUCGAGUCGCUCGGUAUUGCACAACCAAAAGGUGUAUUGCUAUAUGGACCCCCAGGAACGGGGAAGACAUUGCUUGCACGUGCUGUGGCACAUCACACAGACUGCAAGUUCAUUCGAGUGUCGGGUUCGGAACUUGUGCAGAAGUAUAUUGGUGAGGGUAGUCGCAUGGUUCGGGAGCUUUUCGUGAUGGCAAGAGAACACGCGCCGAGUAUCAUAUUCAUGGAUGAGAUUGAUUCCAUCGGCAGUUCAAGAGGGGAAAGUGGCUCUGGUGGUGGUGAUUCCGAGGUGCAGCGGACGAUGCUAGAGCUUCUCAACCAACUCGACGGUUUUGAACCGACGAAGAACAUUAAAGUCAUCAUGGCAACAAACCGCAUAGACAUUCUGGAUUCCGCGCUACUCCGACCGGGUCGCAUCGAUCGAAAGAUUGAAUUCCCUCCGCCGGGUCCAGAGGCCAGAGUCGCCAUUUUAAGAAUUCAUUCUCGCAAGAUGUCGUUGCAACGGGGAAUCAAUCUACGCGCUCUUGCAGAGAAGAUGGGUCAGUGUUCGGGCGCGGAGGUUCGUGGUAUUUGCACCGAAGCCGGGAUGUAUGCGCUGCGAGAACGGCGACAGCACGUUACACAGGAGGAUUUCGAGUUUGCUGUCGCGAAGCAACUGGCUCCUGCACGCUCGAAGGAUGCCAAUGCAAUCACGACGUACACAUUUGCAGGCCAUGUGGCGUGGUCUGUUACAGCAUCCGUGUUUAUCAAGCUCAUCUCUCAGGGCAGCGACAUCGAGGUGUUCAAUCUGGUCGCGGCACACUCCUUCACUGUUCUGUUUGCGUUAUCAACCUGUCUGCACAUGAUUGGGAACCCCAUAUUCGGGGCCAGCGCCACAGCAGGAAAGCGAUACAAGGGGGCAUUCCCGCCGAAGUUGAGCCUGAAGAGGCAGUUACAAGGCCUGGCGGUGUUAUGUGUAACAGUUGUCAUAUCGGUGUUCCGAAGGCAAACCGCAUUUGACGAGGCUGAGAAGGACAAACAUGGUGUUGUCGUCUCGCAUGGUCAGGAAGGUAUAGAUUUCGGCAUUGUGGAGGUUCCAAAUGCGGAACGGGGGGUGGACAUACUAUUGGAUAUCAGGAACACGGUGCCACUCUCGAAAAUCAGGCUUGUUGAGGCUAAGCUGUCUUCACAGCCUCGCCGUGGGGUAUCUCCUUUCUCAGCAACUCUUGACAUCAACCGGGACGUGGUGUCUGGACGCGUGAUUCAUGUCUGCGUCACGUUCCGGCACAACAAUCGAGGGCGUUACCAGAAUCGCAUUGAGCUCGUGUUUGAAGAUAUAAACCUUCAGCAGCUUUUCGUCAUUGUUCGCUCAAUUACUGCUAUUGUCGGUAGUCAAGCCGAUUACGAUAAGCUGAAGCCUACGGCUCCAUAUGUUCCGCGGAAGCGGACAGCUAGAAAUCAAGAAAAGGAAAUCAUACCAGGAGUACCACCACCUGCUCUCAAAGCUAUUCCAUAUGUUGUGAAGUUGCCGAUAGCAGGGAUUCCGCCAAGGAUUGUCACCGCACUCACGCAAAAGUCGCUAUCUCAAAUCGUCAAUUUCUUUCGAAAUUCUAUUCUACCGCUUACACUGGACAGUUCGACGCAUGGCCGGCAUUUCAAAACUCUCCUGUGGGUAGAAGAGCAUCGCAUGGAACAUGACUUACAGGUAUAUGAUAUCCUUGACGCGAGCCUAACUCGCCACAAUCAAUACUAUUAUCUUACUGUCCCGGGAUUAGCGGAGAAGCGCCCGAGCGUCUUAACGGGCGAUAUAAUUCUGGUGCAGCCGCAUGGGGCCGAUCGAGGCCGAUGGUUUGAAGGACAUGUGCAUGUUGUGCGCAAAGAAGAGGUUGGACUUUGCUUCCACGGAUCAUUUAGUUACAAAACUGGCCAGCUAUACAGUGUCCGUUUCAGACUAAACAGAAUCCCCUUACGGCGUCAGCACCAGGCGUUAGACACUGCAUAUACUCCGGACAGAUUGCUCUUCCCUACUCAGGAACAUCUUGCGUUGAUGAUGGCGCCCGUAUCCUCUGAAGAUGUCCGCCCAUUCAUUCUUAAUCGACUCAUUCUAACAAACCUGGCUCAACUGGAAGCGGUUACUUCAAUUACCCAUUUGGCUCCGGGAUCUCCGCCGUUCGUAGUUUUUGGUCCGCCAGGUACUGGAAAGACGAUUACGAUUGUGGAAGGAAUUCGACAGCUAUUGCGUACAAAUCCACGAGCUCGCAUUUUGGCUUGCGCACCCAGCAAUAGCGCUGCGGACCUCAUCGCCACUCGUCUUGGCUCAUUGAGCCCUGUCGAGAUGUUCAGAUUCUAUGCGCCGUGCAGGUAUGAGAAUCAGAUUCCGGACUCACUCCUCCCUUAUACGUAUAAAUCGACAACAUCGUCGCACUUCUCGGUACCUCCACUCGCAGUCCUGAAACGAUACCGUGUCAUUGUGUCCACAUGCGUUUCUGCUUCAUUCGCGCACGGAAUCGGAAUGCCUCGCGGUCACUUCACCCAUGUAUUUGUCGAUGAAGCAGGCCAGGCCACCGAACCCGAAGUGAUGAUAGCGUUGAGGACCAUGGCUGACCAUCAGACUAACGUUGUAUUGUCUGGAGAUCCGAAGCAAUUGGGUCCAAUCAUUCGCUCAACCGUUGCAAGAGAAUUGGGGUUCGAAACCAGCUUCAUAGAACGACUCAUGGAGCGAGAAGCCUAUGACACGCUAACAUAUCAUGGUAUCUCGGUCGUCAAACUUGUCCAAAAUUUCAGAUCGCAUCGCGCCAUCUUAUCCUUCCCCAACGAAAAAUUUUACCGGAAUGAGCUGCGCCCAUGUGGUACCCCGAACGUCAUCAAUUUCUUCUUAGGAUCUCCCAUUCUUGUGAAUAAAAAAUUCCCCAUCGUCGUUCAUGCUAUAUCUGGUAAAGAUGAUCGCGAGGCAUCAUCGCCCUCCUUUUUCAAUGCCGAUGAAGCCAUCCAAGUAAAGGCUUAUGUAGAAGCCCUCCGCUCCGAUCGACGAUUCCGUAUCACUGAUGACGAUAUUGGAAUUAUUGCACCCUACCAUGCACAAUGCCAGAAAAUUCGAGCGGUGCUAAGGGGAGUCGCGGAUGGAAUUAAGGUAGGAAGCGUCGAAGAAUUCCAAGGACAGGAACGGCUUGUGAUUAUUAUCUCGACCGUCCGCUCCACUCAAGAAUUUGUCGAGUACGACCUCAAGCACACGCUUGGAUUUGUUGCCAGUCCUCGCAGAUUCAAUGUCGCUGUCACCCGUGCCAAGGCCCUUCUUAUCGUCGUCGGUGAUCCUGAGGUACUCGCGCUGGACCCGCUUUGGCGCUCCUUCCUCAACUACAUCUACGAUAAUGGAGGGUGGACUGGUAAUGAGCCCACGUGGGACACAAACGCCGCCGUAAGUAUCAACGGGGGGUAUGAUCACGAACGUCAAGACUCGGCGCUGGGCGACAUGAAUGAGUUCGCCCGUCGGAUGGAGCUGCUUACAAUCAGCGGAAUUUCGAAUACCGUUCCAGAUGACGGAGAUGACGAUGUGGAUAUCAAUGUCGACAGACCUUGGAGGGAAGUUGAGUAG